CCGUGGCCGCCGCCGCCGCCGCCGCUUCGUCCCCGCCGCCGCCGCCCGGCAUGUCCCGCGUCCCGCGUGGCGGCGACCCGCAGCCCGACUUCCUGCCGCUGGAGAGCGCCGGCCUGCCCCACCAUCAUCACCACCACCAUCAGCAACAGCAGCCGCCUCCCCCGCGGCGGCAGGCCUCUCCGCAGCCUCCCGCCUGGGCAGCCCGGCCCGGUAUCCAAGCCGUUGCUGCUGUCCCGGGCGCGGCCCCAUCUUCUUCUUCUUCUUCCGCCUCGGCUUCUUCGGGCAACAACGCCGCCGCGGGGCCUUCUCCAGCCGCCGCGGCCUCGGCUCCCCGUGCGGCUUCGCCCGCCGCUCCGGCGGCGUCGGCGGCUGCGGCCGCCGCUGCUGCUGCUGCCGCUGCUGCAGCGGCGGCGGCGGCGGCCAGCAACAAGAGGAAACGGGACAACAAGGCCAGCACUUUCGGCUUCAACUGCACGCUGCUGCUGGGCCCCGCCGGGGAAAGCGGCGGGCCGGCUUUGGGGAACGGGCCUUCGGGGAGGCCUCCGGGCGCGCCGGAGGAGCCGGCCUACACCGGCACGCCGUGGAAGAAGACGAAUUACAGCCCCGGCGUGGUGGGCCUUCACGAAGAAAUCAAUGACUUCUACAAGUACAUGUCUCCUCGACCCGAAGAAGAAAGGAUGCGGAUGGAGGUGGUGAACAGGAUAGAAAACGUAAUAAAGGAACUCUGGCCCAACGCGGAUGUGCAGAUAUUUGGAAGUUUCAAGACUGGUUUAUAUUUACCUACUAGUGAUAUUGACUUAGUGGUGUUUGGAAAAUGGGAGACCUUGCCACUGUGGACCCUGGAAGAAGCACUUCGAAAGCACAACGUGGCCGACAAAGGUUCAGUAAAGGUUUUAGAUAAAGCCACUGUUCCUAUCAUUAAACUGACAGACUCCUUUACUGAGGUAAAAGUGGAUAUCAGCUUUAAUGUACAGAAUGGGGUAAAGGCUGCCUAUCUCAUCAGAGAUUUUAUUAAGAAAUAUCCUGUAUUGCCAUAUUUAGUUUUAGUAUUGAAACAGUUCUUAUUGCAAAGGGACCUCAAUGAAGUAUUCACAGGUGGAAUCGGAUCUUAUAGUCUUUUUUUAAUGGCUGUCAGCUUCCUCCAGCUACAUCCCCGGGGGGACGCCUGCACCCCCAAUGCCAAUUAUGGCGUCCUUUUAAUAGAAUUUUUUGAAUUAUACGGCCGUCAUUUCAACUACCUGAAAACGGGAAUCCGAAUCAAGGAUGGUGGUUCCUAUGUAGCCAAGGAUGAAGUUCAGAAGAAUAUGCUAGAUGGUUACAGACCGUCAAUGUUGUAUAUUGAAGACCCGCUACAACCAGGCAAUGACGUUGGUAGGAGUUCUUACGGCGCCAUGCAAGUUAAACAGGCCUUUGAUUACGCAUACGUGGUUCUGAGCCAUGCUGUCUCUCCGAUAGCUAAAUGUUACCCCAACAACGAAAGCGAAAGUAUAUUAGGAAGAAUAAUUCGAGUUACGCAAGAAGUUGUGACGUACAGAGAAUGGAUAUCCAAACAGUGGGGAAUCCAGAGUAAUGCAGAUACGUCGUGCAAUGGUAACGGAGUGACAUUAAUAGUGGAUAAUCAACAGCUGGACAAAUACAACAACAACCUUUCCGAAGAGAAUCAGUCUCUAGGAAAAGCGAGAAGUAAAACCUCGGAGACCCCCAGCAAACAUUCAUCCAACUCUUCGUCAGGCCCUUUGUCGUCGUCGUCAUCCACACUCUCCAGUUCCAGCGAUGUGGAGUCGGAUGGCACCCCAUGCAAAACCUCAAAGCAGCUGGGCUCCUGCCAGACUUCGGCUAACAGAUUGGUACCUCAGGAGAUCUCCCUUGGGUCCUCUCAGCUGAGCGGCAAAACGCCAAGUAGCCAAACGGUGAACGCCUCCAAUGUGACAAAUAAGUCCCAGCACGGAUCCAUGAGGCUCUUCCGCACUUCUUCCAACAAAAGCAUCCAAGGUCCAGGGAAUUCCGGCCACAGUACCUUGGUGACGAACAAACAGUACCAGGGCACUAAGCCACAACCGUUUUACCACGGGAAGAAAAGGAAACACAAGAGGGACGUUGCACUCUCGGAGUUAUGUAGAUAGUUUUCCUAUCUUGACGGUUGGACUUGUUUCCCCCCCCCCACUCCCCCUGUGUGCAAUGCUCUCUCUCAUGCUACGAGAAUUUAACUUGGACAAAACAAUUUCCAAGAUCCCUCCUGGAAUCUGAAGACUGUUGGGAACGUUGAUUAGCAACGCAUUUUUAGUUUUCGUUUUGUUUUUUCCAGCUCGCCACGAAAAAAAAAAAACCCGAUCAUGAAGACUGAAUAACUGCAAACAAACAAACAAACAAACAGAAAAAAACAAAUAAAAAUAAAUAAAAAAACAAAAAUAAAAAUGGGUGGGAGGGGAGGAGAAGGAAGAGGACAAUGCUGCUUUCUCCAGUAAAGUCAUAUGCUACAACAGGGUUGUUUAGAUAUAUAAAAAAGCUUGAAUGUAAAAUAAAUAUAUCCCGUCAGCUUCCAAGGCUGACCUUUAGGGGUAGAUUACAGUGUAUUUAAAGGUUUGGUAAUUAACUGAAAUAAAACAAAAAGGAUUUAAACAAAAAAUAAAAAAGCAAAAAAAGCAACAAAAAAAAAAAAACCCGGAGAGGGGAGAUGUAAUUUGAGGGCAACCCAAACUUUCAAAAAAAAAGAAGAGAGUGAAUCCUCGCAUGAUAAUUUAAAAAAAAAAAAAUUAUUUUUGCAAAACACCCCGGCAUUUUAUUCUGUAUGUAUAGAUGGACCAUAGGGCAAAAUUUGACAAUUUGUAAUAGUGGAUUUGUUAAUACUUUUUACGUAACGUUUACCCAUUUUAAAUCGUAGGGGGAAAAAAAUGUUCUUUUCCUUUCCACUCUCCUCUCCACCCUUCCCCCCCCUCCCCCGCCCCGGACGAUUCAUUUCAUUGAAAAAGAAACCCGGACGAAAGUACUACCGGAAAGCUGAAUUGUCGUCUGAACAACGGACAAACGUCGCCAACGAUAACACUUCAGCGAUAUGUGAUGCUUUUUUCUCCCCCCCGUUUCAGCAUUGAAAUCAUUUAAUAGCACAUUGACCUGAGUGCACAACUUUAUUCUCCGAAGGAAAAAAAGAAGAAGAACAUCCAUGCCAGGGCAAAUGCUUGUUUUAUAAAAUAUACAAAUAAUCUUCCAUUGUCAACUCUGAUCUUGUAUUCCACUCUGGGGAAGGAAAAAAAAAAACAGAUUUAAAUUUAUUUAUUAUUUUUUUUUUGGUAAAAUGCCGUCAUCACUCAGGCGAUGGGAUAUUUCCAGGUUAGCUUUCAUGGGGAAUCAUGGUUUGUUUGCUUUCAAAAUAGGAAACCCAGUUUAACUUUAUUAAAGGAAGGGAUAUGCGUCACUGCGUUAAGGGGAGGUGGGGGGGAAACCUGUUGAUGACGUCUGUGUUUUAAGUCUUCCUUGUAAAUCUGUCUGGUGUGUUUCCAAAUGCAUUGGGCUGCAAUUUUCAUUGCAUGUGCUGGCUUGAGAGAGGAAAUGAGAGUUGUGAAUCAACCUUAAAAAAAAAAAAAAAAAAACACCAGAUUGGGGAAAAUGGGUGGUGUAAUUCCAAUUCUGUUUUUUUUUUUUUUGCAUGCUUUUAUCCUGGAUUUAUUUUAAAAAAAGAUUGUAAGAAAAAAAUUCCCUUUUCUUGCAGCUUUAUGGGUCUCCCUAAAAAAAAAAAAAGCAAGGAGAAUCGUUAAUGCAAAAUGGUUGAGUUGUUGUUUUCUCUUUUAAGAAAAAAAGAAAAAAACCUGAACGUUACCUCAUUCCCUUUUUUCAGAGACUUUUUAAGAUCCACCCUUACGAGAGAAUUAAAAACAGUCUUCAAUAAUGGGACGGCAUCGUCUGAUGCUGUCUUAAAAGAGGCACCAAGCCACGUGUUAAUUCUUCCUGAAAUUCUCCCGCUUCCUAAAAUGGGUUUCCUAGCUCAGGCAGGGCCGUGGAUUUUAAGACGGAAAGUGAAAUUCGGGUUGUGAAUGCAGAAUGUGAAAGGGGUUGAAUUGCAGUCAUUUGCUUUAUCUGAAGAAGAAGAAGAAGAAGAGGGAGGAAGGAAAAAAAAACAGACAAGGAGCACUUUAAUGAAUAGAAUGUAAAAGUGACGUUUACUGUAACUUUUUAUUUUUCUUUAUAAAGAGGAAAGUGUGUAAUUCCGAAUGUAAGAUUAUUGGGUGUAUGCGGUCUGGAGAAUGAAAACAACCCCCCCCCCUUUUUAAAAAGAAAUACUGACUUCCAGAUGUUUUCUAUUAUAAAUUGCAAACCAACCUGAACUUGACACUUGAU